AUCUCCUAAACCACGCUGAUGGCUGAGAAGGGAGGGUUCACAGCACUGCCUCUUGCCUGGCGCCCAUCCCUCUCAUGUAGGCAGAAUAGGAUGCUAUCAUAACUUUAUCCUCCCUGUUGGUCUGGGAAUCAAAGAACACACCAGAGUAGCUAAAAUGAAAAUCAACACUGCUGGAAAUAGGUGGUUUUAACAUCAUGGGCUGUCUGUGGUCACUGUGCUGCUCUAAAACAUGUCACUGUUGGCACAGGCAUAUUGGGAAACAAUCAAGAUCUGGAAAAAGUAUUUUUUGCUGUGCAAAAAAAAAGAAAAAGAGAUCAGAAAAAUGGACUGUGAAUGAUUCAUUUUUGAUGAGGCAGAGUGUGGAAGAUGCUGAUUUCCAAAGCAUCAUCUGUACACCAGAAAAAAAUGAUUCUUUAAAAGUGGAAGUGUCCAGUUCCAUAGAGUGCUCUCAGCAGCUGGAGCCUGAGAUUCUGAAUUGUGCUGCAGAGCUGUCACUUUAUCAGAGGCCUGGCUGCAGCAGAGUUAUUCAUGAAGAGCUACCAGGUCUACCUGAAAAGAAUAUUGGAAUACAGAAUUUGUUUGCUAGUGAUGACAGAACUUCCUCAGCUGAGAUGGAACCACUUCCAAAAAGGACACCGCAUGACUGCUCAUCAGCAGGUGAUAAAGAAAGAAACAUGAGUCACCUGUCUGAACAUAAGAGGUCCAAGCUGCUUUAUGAUCCCCAAGAACGAUCUAGUGGAAAUCAAGUUUUAAUUGCACAUACACGAUCCACAAGCCUGGAGCUGAUACCCUCGGAAAAGUUACAGAGUGACCCAAUUCAACCCCCCUGUGAGGUUGAUGAAUCUACAGGAGCUAAUGGUGGAAAAAAGGAUUUCACGGAUCUAUCUAGUCAAAUAGACACAGAUAAUAGUACCAGUACUGAGAAUUCUAUUCUAGAUGCCAGCCAAGACUUGAACAUUUUGAGGAAGAUUCACAAGACAAAGAAUGUAAAAGAGCAGUUGAUUACUUCACAAUUAGAAAAGGAAACUCCUUUAUCUUUGGACAACGAAGAAGAUCUUUAUCGAGAUGAAGAGGACAUUGAGAAAGAUAAGAGUAAGAUAGUGCCUGCUGCUACUGAAGGGAUUGUUGCAGGUGAUCAUAAACUUGGAGUGGGACCAGAGAUGGACAUUGUGGAGUACUGUAAAAAGGAAUGGCGUGGCAAGACAGCAGUUGCACAGAUAAUGAAAAAGGGCUAUGAACAAGUGUCUCGUUCAUUUGUUUCCAUAAGGAGGGUGAGAGGAGACAACUACUGUGCUUUGAGGGCUACAUUGUUUCAGGCUCUUAGUCAAACUGCUAAGCUCCCAGAGUGGCUUGAUGAUGCAAAACUUUAUCAAUUGCCUGAAAAGUUUUCUACGAAAUAUGAAUGGAUUAAGUUGUGGAGGUUCUGGAAUGUCCAUGGAGACAAAAAUGUAGGGAUCCGUCUCAAGGAAUAUGUUGAACUGCUCAAGGAGAAGUGGGCAGCUUUAAGCAGCAUGAAGACACCAGAAGAGAGGCAGGCGGCUUGCAAUGAGAUCUUUACAACUGAGGGAGAAGAGUACUGCCUCUAUGAAGGGGUAAAAUUUUUGAUGUUGAAAACAGCCGUUGAUUUAUACAAAGCAAAUGAAGAGCGCAUGGAAGUGCCUGUGUUCUCAUGGUUGCUUUUUGCUCGGAACACGUCCAGUAAUCCUUGUGAGUUUAUGAAGAAUCACUUGAAUCAAGUGGGGCACUCUGCAGGUCUUGAGCAGGUGGAAAUGUUUCUUCUUGGAUAUGCUCUGCAGCACACUAUCAAGGUGUACCGGCUGUACAAAUGUGGAACAGAUGAGUUUAUUACAUACUAUCCCAAUGACCAGACAAACUGGCCUAUAGUGACUCUGAUAACUGAAGAUGAUCGACACUAUAAUGUGCCUGUCCGAGUGUGUGAAGAAACAAGUGUAUAAAUAAAUACAAGUAGAGUUUUUUUCUAUAAUGCAAAUAUUUCUUGCUCUGGAUACAACCUUACAAAGCAACUGGGGUUUGCUUUGUUUUGGACAGUCACAGCAAAUAUUGUUUUUGUUUACUAUGAAACCUGCUGUCUUUCUAGAAAGUGCCUCACAUCCAUGGAGCAUGUACAUGAGACUAAACUCUUUUUAGCCUACACAUGAAGCAGGUUUUAUUGAAGUAUUUGGCACACACAGCCACACUCUUUUUUUUCCUAUUUAAUAGAUCAAUGUGCCAUGUGCACUGUGUGCACUAUUUCCCAAUAAAGUUUGCUCCAUCUGUAUGUUCUGCUUUUUAACAUAAAUGACUGAUAUUUCGCUGAAAAAUAACCUUAGAUACUGUUUGUGGAGCAAUGCUUAGAAUGAAGUUUAUUAAGAAAUAAUGCCUUAUUAUAGGACUAAUGUGAAAAUGAACAUUGGGUAAUGCCUUCAUGAUAAAACAUAAUUAUAGUGAAGAUAUGAUGUGUGCCUGCUGUGUGUAUGUAGAAUGUUUGCUGGAAAGCAAGAAAUGAGGGAUUUUUUUUGGAUGGAGGGGUUUACAUCCUUGACUAGUAAAUUAGUGACCCAGUUGUGUUUUGAACAUAACUUCAUUAAGGGGUACUUCCCUGCCACAAAACUUGUAUAGUUCAGUGGAAUAAAUAACUUUAUCUAGUUCAUUUUCUUUUUCACCGUUUCUGCAAAAUGUAAAAAUUAAGGUUUACUUUUGGCUGUGGCUUGUUUUCUAGUAGCAAGCUCAAGUUAGUCUGGUCACAGACUAUCAAAUCUGUUACAAAUUUAUACAUUAGUAGCUGUAAUUUCUCUUAGGUCUGUUCUUUUUAACCUAUGAAUUGGGACCCAAAACUGGCUUCUCCUGCUGAUACAAAGCAACUGUUACAUAUUCAUAUAAUAAUAAUAAAAAGAUUUUAGUCUGGGUAAGUUCAAUGGAGUCUAAGAGUAAUGCAUUUCUGUUGCCUCUGUGAAAUCGCAUUACAGUUCAAAAAUUCCAAAGUGAGCAAUAAAAAGUAAUACAAGUUUUUUUCACAUGGGGGAGUAGUACACGGGUAGACAAGGCAUUUUAUCAGCCAGUGGAGAAGCAUCCAAAACUGUGACUUCUGUUUCAAGAGGUUUCCAUUAUACACUGUGAAGUGUGGUAGAAAUGAUACAUUACAUGUUUCUUUGCUGCGGUUGAAAACCUUUAUCUGCCAUUAGCCUUAACUCUGGAAGAAGGAGCUGUUUGAUCAGUGCUUUUCCGACAGCUGUUUACAGUUCACCAGAGAAAGCAUACAAAACAGGUACUACUACCAUGAGGUGAGUUGACAAAUUCACCUCAGGCAGCACCCAUCUGCAGUAACUUUAAGAGUCAAGUUUCCACUUAUUAAACCGGACAUUUCAGUUCUUCUAGUGCAGAGAGCACAAUUGCUCUCUCUGCACUAGUGAUACGACCCCCCCCCCCUUUAGACUAGCUCCUGCUUAAAAAAGGGUAAGCAGUGGGACGGGCUUCUUAGUCAGCUCAGGCAGCAAAUUGGACAGAAACACCCUGCAUACAAAUGAACCCUCAUUGUGAUUAGCUUAAAACAUGAAAUCACCAACCCCUUACCAGGUAACAAUAUUUAAUAUAUAUGAAUAAAAUUGUGGAUGAUGAAUACUGAUGUUGAGCAAAAGGGAACACUGCCUUUAAUAAUUCCUGCUGUUAUUUUUCUAUAUAUAUGUGCAGCAAGGCAAUUUGUGGUCUCUAGUGCUUGAGCUUUGUUACUAGAAGAAAUCUUCUUUUCAUUGCCUUUGAAUGCCCAGAGGUAUAGGAUGGAUGUGUAAUGUUAUUAAUAUAAAGUGACAAAAUAAUUUUGACUACUGCUAAACAAAUGGGAGAGUUACUCUGUUUGGGUCUUUAGGUUUUACAGUUGUAUAAGUCUGUUUUAUGAUGGCAUAGUCUGUUACCUGUUAGCAUGGUACUAAUUGGAAAAUAAAGACCUGGAGUGUUUUA